CAGAGCUGGGCUGGUCUCUGACAGGCUCAGCUGAAGAGGGACGGGUUGGGACGCACUGUCCUUUUGCCCUUCCCCCUUCGCCAGCAGAAGCUGACUCGGCAGGAGCGAGGGUCGCAGAGCUGGGGGAUUUCAGUCUCGACAUAGUUUUGGAGCCGGACUUUUGAAGAAUGAUUGAUGAAUCCGGAAUGGGUGACAGCGUCAUGACGGCAUUUUAUUGACAGACCAUGGAUUCUUAUGAUGUACCAGAGUCAACUCCUAGUGCAUCCUCAAGACCUGAAGAUUACUUUGUAGGUGCCACUCCUCUGCAAAAACGAUUAGAAUCAAUCAGGAAACAGACUUCAUUUAUCCCGACUCCACCUCGGAGGAAAGUUCCCCAGUGUUCACAGUUGCAGGAAGAUGUUGACCCUCAAAAGGUUGCAUUCCUUCUGCAUAAACAGUGGACUUUAUAUAGUUUAACUCCCUUAUAUAAAUUCUCCUAUAGUAAUCUCAAAGAAUAUUCUAGACUUCUGAAUGCUUUUAUUGUUGCUGAAAAGCAAAAAGGACUUGCUGUGGAAGUGGGAGAAGACUUCAACAUCAAAGUGAUUUUUUCUACUCUCCUAGGAAUGAAAGGAACACAAAGGGAUCCAGAAGCAUUUCUUGUCCAGAUUCUGUCAAAAUCUCAAUUGCCAUCUGAGAAUAGAGAAGGUAAAGUGUUGUGGACUGGCUGGUUCUGCUGUAUUUUUGGAGACAGUCUUCUGGAGACUGUUUCAGAAGAUUUCACCUGUCUGCCCUUAUUCCUUGCAAAUGGAGCAGAGUCUAACACAGCCAUAAUUGGAACUUGGUUUCAGAAAACCUUUGACUGUUAUUUCAGUCCUUUAACAAUCAAUGCAUUUAAUCUUUCCUGGAUGGCUGCCAUGUGGACUGCAUGCAAAGUGGACCAUUAUGUGGCUACUACUGAAUUUCUUUGGUCUGUACCCUGUAGCCCUCAAAGUCUGGACAUUUCUUAUGCAAUACAUCCAGAGGAUGCAAAAGCUCUAUGGGACAGCAUCCACAAAACACCUGGGGAGGUUACCCAGGAAGAAGUUGACCUAUUCAUGGACUGCCUUUAUUCACAUUUCCAUAGACAUUUCAAGAUUCAUUUAUCAGCCACAAGAUUGGUUCGUGUUUCAACAUCUGUAGCUUCAGCACAUACUGAUGGAAAAAUAAAGAUUCUGUGUCAUAAAUAUCUUAUCGGAGUGUUAGCAUACUUGACAGAACUGGCAGUUUUUCAAAUUGAGUGAAGCCUUAUGUGGACUAUAAGUUAUAGAUUAUAUACUCUUUUUCUUACUGAUGACUUGCCUAAUUGCUAUGCUGAAAGAGACUGCAGGAGACAUAGGCAUCUAUCUCUGCAUCUGUUUUCCCCACCAUGCCUUUGGAGUUGCCAAGAUGGAAGCCAAGAAGGAUCUAGAAGUACAAAGAAUAUGGUAGUAGAUGAGCCACAGCCAGGUGCCCAUGUACUAAUCAUGAUAACCUGGCAUGCCAGUCUCAAAAUGCUGAGUUGUUAAUUUCUUGUCAUCUUUAAAUAUAUAUAUAUAUAUAGGCUGGGCUUGGUGACUCACACCUGUAAUUCUAGCACUUUUGGAGGCUGAGGUGGGUGGAUCAUUUGAGGCCAGGAAUUCUAGACCAGCCUGGCCAACAUGGUGAAACCGCUGCUCUACUGAAAAUACAAAAAUUAGCUGGGUGUGGUGGCGCAUGCCUAUAAUCCCAGCUACUGGGGAGGCUGAGGCAGGAGAAUCGUUUGAACCCAGAAGACAGGCUGCAGUGAGCCAAGAUUGCACCACUGCACUCCAGCCUGGGCAACAAAGUGAGACUCUGCCUCAAAAAAUAAAAAAAAUAAAGUAAAUAAAUAUAGUGUUUAUUGUGUUUAAACUCUUAGGAUUCAAAUGAGAUAUAUCUAAUGGAUAUUUCUGAUUUGAGUCUUUAAAACCUUUAAUCUCUUUUAAGCAUUUUAGACUUGCAUUCAGAAAGAAUUCUGUCUUCUAAAGACAUUUUCCUAGCAUUUCACUGCAGAGAACUGGCAAUCAAAAUCCCCUCAAAAGGGAACUAAGGAUUAAUGUACACAUUUUUUUUAGUCACUAAUAUGCUUCUGUUUUAAAUACAGUUCAACUCCUGUUGCAAUGUUGAAUUAAAUGUUCGUUUUAAAGUGAA